GCCCGUUAUCUGUCAAUAGGUAAGUACACUGAAAUGUGGCCAUCAGUGAGCAUGUGUCAUUAGAGGAACCACUGGGAAUACUACCUAGCUAAAACAAAGACGCUUCUGUAACUGGUGGGAAAACUACCUAGCUAAAACAAAGACGCUUCUGUAACUGGUGGGAAUACUACCUAGCUAAAACAAAGACGCUUCUGUAACUGCUGGGAAUACUACCUAGCUAAAAUAAAGACGCUUCUGUAACUGGACACAAGGACAAGCGGGUUGAUGCUGACAGAUACAUCGACUCCUUGUGGACAACUUGUUUGAUUCUUCUGACUGAAGUGAGGAUUUCUACAAAUGAGAGCCAUGUAAUGUAAGUUAGUACGUUUUUUUUUUUUACGAACAAACAGACUAUAGGUUGUCACACUGGGUGAUCAUAAAGGUGAAGCUCAAACACACUCUAAAAAUAAUUUUGCGUGGCGGUUGAUCAUGUGGGUGUCCGACGACAAAGGAAAGAUGCGCCGAACAACUUAAACGUACUGCUGUCUACACGUCCUUAUGCACAUUUGGGGCGAAAAGCAUCGUUCAGAGAAUAACCAACAAAGAAGUCACGGAUUAUGAAAUGAAUCUGGAAUUUUUCUGCAUUUACCGUCUUGAAAAUGGCCAAAAACACUUCUCUUUAUUUUCGAAUAGUAGAAGGACGGAAUCUACCGGCAAAAGAUGUUUCGGGGACCAGUGAUCCCUACUGCAUUGUCAAAGUUGACAACGAGGUCGUGGCCAGAACAGCCACCAUUUGGAAGAACUUGAAUCCAUUUUGGGGAGAAGAGUACACACUACACAUGCCAAUGGGGUUCCAUACCCUCACCUUCUAUGUGAUGGAUGAAGACACAAUAGGCCAUGAUGAUGUCAUUGGAAAAAUCUCUUUAAGCAAAGAGGUUAUAGCAAAUCAGUCUAAAGGUCUAGAUAACUGGUUGAAUCUGACACGUGUGGAUCCAGAUGAAGAGGUUCAGGGAGAGAUCCACGUGGCCCUGGAAUUGCACAGAGAAGCCCAGAGAACCUGGCUGCAAUGCCGUGUUAUAGAGGCCCGAGAUUUGGCCCCUCGUGAUAUUACUGGCACAUCAGAUCCUUUCACCAGAAUUCUCUAUAACAACCUUAGUGCUGAGACAUCUAUCAUAAAGAAAACCCGUUUCCCACACUGGGAUGAGACCCUGGAACUGUGUCUGGAUGAAGCAGGCGAGUCUGAAUUGGGCUCUGUCACUCUAGAAGUCUGGGACUGGGACAUGGUGGGAAAAAAUGACUUCUUGGGAAAGGUAGAAAUCCCCAUGUCUUGCCUGUACAGGACUCCUCUGCUACAAGGCUGGUUUCGUCUACUACCACUGGGCAAUUCAGAGGAUGAUGCUGGGGGGAAGCUGGGGGCUUUGCGAUUGAAGGUACGCUUAGCUGAGGAGAGGAUUCUUCCUUCUCUGUAUUACCAGCCUCUCAUAGAUUUGCUUGUGGAAGCUGUCAUCUCACCUGCCGAGGUAGAUGACCUAACCCCAUUAACUCUGCUGGAGGAGGUGACCACUGUAGAAAGUCGUCAGGAUAUUGCGAUGACGCUAGUGAAGAUUUAUCUUGGCCAGGGCCUAGUUGUACCAUUCCUGGACUACCUCAAUACUAGAGAAGUGCACCACACAACUGAUCCAAAUACAUUAUUUCGCUCUAAUUCUCUGGCCUCCAAAGCCAUGGAACAGUUCAUGAAGGCUGUUGGAAUGAUAUAUCUACAUGAGGUUUUAAAGCCUAUAAUCAACCACAUCUUUGAAGAAAAGAAAUACAUUGAGCUUGACCCCUGCAAGAUAGACCUCAAUCGCUGCAGACGUAUAUCAUUUAAGGGAACAGCUUCUGAAGCAGAGGUGAGAGACAGCAGCGUGGGAAUGUUGCAGAUGUAUCUAACCACUAUCAUGGAGGCCAUUGUAAACUCCGUUUCCCAGUGUCCUCUUGCCAUGAGAGUGGUUUUUAAGCAACUCCAUAAACGGGUAGAGGAACAGUUUCCUGAGCCUGAAAAUGAGGAUGUGAAGUAUUUGGCAAUCAGUGGGUUUUUUUUCCUCCGUUUCUUUGCACCUGCGAUUUUGACUCCUAAACUGUUCCACCUAAGGGACCACCAUGCAGACACCCGUACAAGCAGAACUCUGUUGCUGCUUGCUAAGGCAUUGCAGAGUGUAGGAAAUCUUGGGUUGCAGCUGGGUCAUGGGAAAGAACAGUGGAUGGCUCCUCUACAUCCCAUCAUCCUUUGCAGUGUGGCAUCCAUUAAAGAUUUUUUGGAUAAGCUGAUUGAUGUAGACCAUGACGCUGUGUGUGAGGUUCCACAGCGUGCGGCAUACUCACCCUCUGUGACAAUAAGGGAGGGUUUUCUGCAGAAACACAAAGCCGAUGGACCCCAGCUGCUCAAGCGUUUUGCGUUUAAGAAACGCUACUUUUGGCUCAGCUCAGAGACCUUGUCCUAUGCCAAAACACCUGAGUGGCAGACACGCUCCUCUAUUACCAUUCAGAGUGUGUGUGCAGUGGAGAGAGUAGAUGAAAAUGCCUUUCAGGUUCAGAAUGCCAUGCAGGUUGUAACCCAAGAUCCGGAAGGCCAACUCAACACCAUGUACCUGCAGUGCAAGAAUGUUAAUGAGCUGAACCAGUGGCUGUCGGCCAUCAGGAAAGCCAGCAUCUAUAAUGAGCACAUGCUUCCCUCCUUCCACCCCGGGGCCCACCAUGGAAACAAGUGGACCUGCUGCCUACAGGCAGACCGCACAGCACUUGGCUGUAGUCGUACUCAUUCUGCAGUGACUCUGGGCGAUUGGAGUGAUCCUUUAGAUCCAGAUGCUGAAGCUCAGACUAUAUACAAAGAGCUGCUGCAAGGCAAAGACAAAAUCAGUCCAAAGCCUCAUAUUGACUUUGGCUCCACUCUUUGGCCUGGGUCGAGAAACAGGAAGCAGUACCUUGAGAGACAGGAAACAGAAGCUCCCGAGCAGGAAGAGACUGUAGUGGAGCCAAACAAGCCAUCAGAUAGAGUAGAAGUGCCCAUGUUGGAGCGUAGUGAGCGUUUCUGUGCUGUAGCGUCUCGGCUGUUGAACGUUGUCUUGGAUUUGGAACGUGCCCACACCUCUUUCCAGCGAAAGGAGAGAGAAGAGGCGAAUAGCCUCAUCCUGCCUCAGUAAAUUGCACUACACCCUAAAAACAUCCCAUACAUUCCAUACAUGCUUCACAGCCUGUAAUGCUGUCCACAAUGUGAACUAUUAUUGUGCCCUUGAUGCACCCUAAACACCUGACCUGCUUGUGACAUAUUUACUUAUGAGGCUUUGCCACGUCUGCCUAUUACCCACAUCAUCCAACCCUCCCAAGUAAAUAUGAAUAUUGCUUUAGGAUCCUACAAACUGUAAAAAGACAAUUAUGCAAUCUUUAGUAAAUUGAUGUUUUGUUUAUUAUGUUUAUGAAUAUUAUGUUUUAUGUAUGUCUGGCUUUUUAAUCAGACGUAAGACAGAAGUGAAAUAUUGCUUGACCUUCCUGUAUAUGUUUGUAUUUUGAAUAGACUUAGUGUUGAUUUUACAGCCACCAGCCAAAUUGUAGCUUUUGAAAUCAUGAGUGUAUAUCUGUGUAUGAUGCAGCUUGCAUGGCAGUAUGCUUAAUGACAUCAUUUCCACAAAAAACAUUGUCAAACCCACACACACACACACACACACACACACACACACGUGUAUGCGCACAGAACAGCCAUGCCUUCAUCUGGGUUUACAAAGAGGAUAGCAUUUCAAUGGCUGACGAAAGACUUUAUGAUCCACUUUCUCUAUCAAGUUGAACGUGAUAUUGUGCUCUUCUUCCAAGUAAUACUUUUAAAAUGAAUAGUUUGCUCCUAAUAUUAUGGAUAUUUUUAUAUUUUAAAACAAAGUACACAGAUAUAUUGCCUUUGUGAUGGCUGUUAGGACACACAUCCAGUCAAUGUGCUGUAUACGCCAUUGCCACGGACGUAUCCAGGCUAUGCUCUAUCCACUUUGCAGGUAAAACUUUCCAAUGAGUUAGCUGCUGUAGAAAAGCUUUUCGAUGGAGCAAAACUAACUGAGUCAGACCAGCACGCCUGUGGUCUGUAGUACAUUAUGUAUGGUCAGCUGGAUUUUUGAAUAGUGAGUUUGUUUGUUUGUUUUUUCAUUUAAUAUCUAUCUGUGUAUUUGAGUAUGAUUUUCACCUUUACCUGAAUAAUGACUUACAAUUGACAGUAGUGCCAAUAGUGAUUUUUGGGUUGUGUCUAUUUGAAUGAGAUAUAUAAUAUGUUGAGAUAAAAAUAAUAUGUUGGGUGUUGCAUGCCAAAUUGUUAUUUUUGGCAAGGUAUUUUUAUUCAUAUUAAUUAAUAUUUUUAUUCAUGAA